AUGUCCUUUGAGCACCUGCAGGUUAAGAGGCAACAGAAGAAAGCUGUUAGCAACACAGAAACUAACACCAACGGAAUUGUGACAGAGGAAGGACAUGUUUUUUGUCUCCAGUUCUUUCCCUCCCCAAUUAAUAUUAAACAAUAUCCUCUGAGCAAAGAAGCUAAAGAUGGGAUAAGGCCCCAUAUUCAGAAAUAUCUGGCCUUAGGGGUCCUAAGGCCCUGUCAAUCGGCCUGGAACACUCCCCUGCUACCAGUAAAAAAGCCAGGAACUGGGGACUACCGCCCCAUUCAAGACCUAAGAGAGACCAACAACAGAGUGCAGGACAUUCACCCCACAGUACCUAAUCCGUACAAUCUGCUUAGCACCCUGAACCCUGAGCGAAAAUGGUAUACUGUUCUGGACUUAAAAGAUGCUUUCUUUUGCUUGCCUCUGCAUAAAGAUAGUCAGUUGCUGUUUGCUUUCAAAUGGGUAAACCCAGAAACCAGAACGACUGAUCAACUAACUUGGACCAGACUCCCACAGGGGUUCAAAAACUCCCCCACUCUCUUUGAUGAAGCCCUCCACAGAGAUCUCAACAACUUCAGAACUACGCACCCCGAAGUCACCCUGCUUCAAUAUGUGGAUGACCUGCUACUGGCAGCCGAUACCAAGGAAAACUGUGAGUCUGGGACCCAAGCACUAUUAUCCGAGCUUGCUCAACUCGGGUAUAGAGCUUCUGCUAAAAAGGCCCAAAUUUGCCAGCAAGAAGUAAUCUUCCUGGACUAUUCCCUUAGGGGGGAACAUAAGGACACAGACACUGAACUCCUCGACUUUACUGAGUCCAGCCUACAAUUUCAGAAAGCCUUACACUACAUUAAAAAUGUACAUCAACUCACUCACCUUGGUUCAAAGAAAUUGGAGGCAUUCCUGAAGGAUCAAGAACAGAGUUUUCCACUAACCGGCUCACAGCGAAAGGAAAUAGCUGAACGGGUAACACAAGCCUGUCGGGUCUAUCGAUUGGUUAAUACUUACCCUUCCAAGCUUCCUGCAGGAAGGCGCCUUCAAGGAACCAGACCAAGACAAUUUUGGGAAGUGGACUUUACUGAAAUUAAGCCAGCAAGGUAUGGAUUUAAAUAUCUCCUAAUCUUUAUAGACACAUUUUCAGGAUGGAUUGAAGCCUUCCCCACAAAAAAAAAAAAAAAAAUGGCGCAAAUGGUGGUCAAGAAGAUCCUGAAAGAUAUUUUUCCAAGAUACGGCCUGCCUAAGGUAAUAGGGUCUGAUAAUGGACCGGCAUUCGUGGCCCAGGUAAAUCAGGGGUUAACCAGGACCCUGGGGAUUAAUUGGAAGUUACAUUGUGCUUAUAGACCCCAGAGCUCAGGACAGGUUAAAAAAAUAAAUAGAACCAUUAAAGAGACCUUAACGAAAUUAAGCUUAGAGACCAGCAUAAAAGAUUGGACUAUGCUCCUGCCUUAUGCACUGUUUCAUACAAGAAAUACUCCCUCUGUUUCUUUGUGUAACCUCACCCCCUAUAAAAUUCUCUAUGGUGCCCCUCCUCCAGUAAGGGACCUAACCCCAACUCUAAGACUUAACAAUUCCUUUCACACCCCCUUGCUUGACAGACUUAGAGCUCUUGAAAAAACUCAGUGAUACCUUUGGAAACAGCUGGCCACUGCCUACCAACCUGGGGAUGAAGGAACUCUACACCGAUAUCAAAUGGGAAACUUCAUCUACGUAAGACGACAUCAGGUGUUAUCCCUAGAACCCCGCUGGAAAGGACCAUACCAGGUGCUACUUAUAACACCUACAGCGGUAAAGGUAAACGGAAUCACUUCCUGGAUCCAUGCCUCUCAUCUCAAGCCUGCGCCCUGUCCAGACUCUGGCUGGAAAUUGGAAAAGACUGGUAACCCUCUCAAAUUGCGUAUUCGCCGUGUGGAUAAGGCUAUAGACUCUCCCCUUGACCACUAG